UCGGCGUCAUAAAUUCUGGUCAUUGUCAGACGACACCUGAUUAAUUCUGUGUAGAGAAAAACAAUAUAAACCUGUGCCUAAAAUCUAAACAACGUUGUAUUGAGUAAUUAUUGAAUAACGAGAUUAAUUCGCGUGCAUCAAUGCAUCGGACGUAAACAAUCGCGCAUCGACUGUGAUUCACAAACAACAACAUAACCUGCAUGCUUGUUGGUAUGUUGUUAUGAUUACAGCCAACAAGUGCAUGAAACCGUCCAACGCGGCCAACUUCCGCAGAAAAACCAGUGACUAAUAUUUACUACUAGUGCUUAUGUCGAAAUGAAGCGCAGUUGCAAGCAGGAGAAAUAAUUUCAGGAAUUGUAGUUGCAAAGUUUCAUUUUCAUCAUGGUGGUGAUUGCUGAGUAUCAAUAUAAUUACUGGAUGCACAAAACACAUGACCAAAAUGUUACACUUACUUGCCUCAUGCCCAAUGGGCUGGUUAUACCUCUGCAAGUGUCUGGACAGGCUACGUUUAGUGAAAUCAAAGAGGAUCUUUGGUAUGAAGCACAAAAACUUCCUCUUUAUGGCAUGUUGUAUGAUCUUUCAAAGUACAUCUUCUGCUAUGUCAAUUCCAUGGCGGAAUUGGAAGAAAUCACACAGGAAAAUAAACAAUUGGAUGAAGUACAACCAUUUUAUGCUGUUUUGAAGAUUGUGGAAUGUCACAGUGAUAAACGCGAGCAGGAAACACUGAAUAAAAAGAUUAGUCAAUUGAUUGGAAAGAAAUUGCCCACGUUCGACGCGUUGAACAACCCGGAAGUGAAUCAAUUCCGCUUUAAUAUGCGUAGUUUCGUUGAUAAAAUCUCGAAACAACGGCAGAAACUCGGCUGGAAGGAACAAUUGAUGUACCAGUGUCCUCCGAGGAUGUAUUCUGGUGAGGUUGAUUUUAUUCUUAAAGAAGCCGAAGAAAUGAAUCAAGUUUACCAGAAAGGGAAGAUUAUUUUGUCUGCUACCGCUGAGGAAACCACAGAGAGGAGUUUUAAAGUUAGUAUAGAAUCAAAUGCGACUCCAGCCGCGUUAGUAAAGAAAAUCCUCGAUAAAACCGCCCUCUAUAAAAACCUGCGACCCGAUCAGACUGAUGAAUACGUCUUGAAAGUCUGCGGAAGGGAUGAAUACCUCAUCGGGGAUCCCCUGGUGAAUUUUCAAUAUAUAGCUGAAUGUAUCUCUUGGGACAAAGUCCCGAGCUUGAUUACAAUAUCACGCUUUAAAUUACCACAGCUAGGAGUUUAUGAUUAUCGAUAUAUAACGUUAACUAAUCACAAGAAACAAAGUUCAACGCAAACUCUGCGUAAAAAAGGCAACAUUCGCUCUGUCUGGCGCAUAGAAAACAAAUUUCAGAUUGUUAUACAGAAUAUAAACGAUAUUAACAGCUUCAUGUGCGAUACAAAACGCGGGCCGGUGGAAAUCGGCGUAUUAGUUGGUUUAUUCCACGGUGGUAAGUCCGUCUGUGAGCCACAGAAGUGUAAAGAGCAUGUGUUGACUGAUGAAGAGAUGCAGAAGCGUACAAUGAUGCUCAAUGAAACUUUAACGUUUGAUAUCCAAGUGUGUAAUAUACCCAAAAGUGUAAAAUUAUGUUUUGCGUUGUAUGAGGUGACGAAAAAUGGUAAAAGCGGCAAAACAAAACGCAUGAAUAAAGAUAUACCGAUGGCAUGGGCGAAUACAACGGUGUUUGACUUUAGGAAUCAGUUAACCGGCGCUAUGACUUUAUUCAUGUGGAAUUAUGCUGAGGAUGUGAUGUUCAUGAAUGAGGACCUUUUGCAUCCAUUGGGGACGGUUGUAAGCAAUCCCAAUGUGUCUAAUUCAACGUCGUUGACACUCACGUUCAAUCCACAACAUACAGAUGAAAACCACACGAUAAUCUACCCAUCCUCAGAAGAAAUAAUGAAUUAUGUAGAAGGUAAUGAAUUAGAUGAUUGUCAUGAGACAGAAAAAGGCAACGAUCCGGUUCCGGAGCUCUUGAAAAUCUUCAAUGAAUCCAUCGGAGAUAUUCACGAGCAAGACAAGCAGAAACUAUGGAAGAAUCGUGAUGUUUUGCGUGAACAAGCACCCAGUGUGCUGCCUAAACUAUUACAAUGCAUAGAUUGGGAUAAUCGUAAUGUUGUGUGUGAAGCUAUGACAAUGCUUCGACUCUGGGAGUUGUUACCGGUUGAAAGAGCGCUCGAACUGCUUGAUUAUGCGUAUGCGGAGGAAUUUGUCAGGGCUUAUGCUGUGCGAUGUUUGAAUAAGAUCACCGAUGAUGAUCUCUUGUUAUAUUUACUACAAUUAGUUCAGGGGCUUAAACACGAGUUAUAUCUUGAGUGUGAUUUGGUUAAAUAUCUUCUGGAGCGUGCGUUGUGUAAUCAGAAGAUUGGACAUUAUUUAUUUUGGCAUUUAAAGUCUGAAAUGCAAGUGCCUUCAGUUUGUGUUCGUUUCGGCCUUGUUCUCGAAGCCUACUGCCGUGGCAGCCAGGAUCACAUGGAGAUUCUCUAUAAACAAACGCAUUACCUCGAGAAACUGAAAAAAUGCAGCGAAAAAGUCCGAAAUCAUCGCGAUAAAGACAAGGCUCGUUCGGAGUUUAUCGAUCACCUUAAAGAACUGAAGAUUGACGAUGUUAUGCGUGACUUGACCAAUCCGCUCGACCCGAGUUUCCGCGUAAAACGCCUGAAAUUAGAUAAAAUUAAGAUUAUGGAUAGUAAAAUGCGGCCGGUGUGGCUGGUGCUUGAGAAUGCUGAUCCAUCCGGUGAGGAUAUUUAUAUGAUCUUUAAAAACGGCGAUGAUUUGCGCCAGGAUAUGCUCACGCUGCAAAUGCUGCAGAUUAUGGACAAGUUGUGGAAGCAGGAGGGUUUAGAUUUGAGGUUAAAUUUGUACAAAUGUAUAUCGAUGGAGUAUCGUGUUGGGUUGAUUGAGGUUGUGCUCAAUGCGGACACCAUUGCGAAUAUACAGAAAGAGAAAGGUUUGUUUUCAGCAACGUCUGCGUUUAGGAAAGGCUCGAUUUUAGAUUGGUUGAGAGAACAUAAUCCUUCGGAAGUGCAAAUGAAAAAGAGUAGUGUGGAGUUUCUCAAGUCCUGUGCGGGAUAUUGCGUUGCCACCUAUGUUUUGGGCGUUGGUGACCGCCAUUCGGAUAAUAUUAUGGUAAAACGUAACGGGCAAUUGUUUCAUAUUGAUUUCGGGCAUAUCCUUGGACAUUUCAAGGAGAAAUUCGGGUUUAAACGCGAGAGAGUCCCGUUUGUACUCACGCAUGACUUUGUACAUGUUAUUAAUAAAGGGGAGAAGAAGGCAAUGGAGUUUAAAACGUUUUAUUUGUACUGUGAAAAGGCGUUUAUGGUACUAAGAAAACACGGUGAAUUCAUCCUGUCGUUAUUCGCCAUGAUGAUUUCCACAGGACUACCCGAAUUAUCCUCCGAAAAAGAUUUAAACUACCUGAGAGAGACUCUAGUGUUAUCCCUAUCGGAAGACGCUGCAAAAAGUCAUUUUCAGUCAAAGUUUAAUGAAGCCUUGAGUAAUUCAUGGAAGACUUCGAUGAAUUGGGCGACGCACAACAUAUCGAAGAACAACAAGGUUAACUAACCAACUUCUAACCUCAAAACGUGUAUAUUUUGUAUGAUUGUCUCGUGCAAUAUGGAAACUGAGAUUACAGAACGCUGUAAAAUGUAAACUGUAAAUGUAAACUAUUCAUAAGUACAAAUUGAGAUUCAGAUUGAAAACAAA